AUGCCAGUCCCCUUACCAAGGUUCUUCCGUUACUUUACCGCGAGGCUAGCAAUUUCCUGCCUCCUGGUCUCUAUCUCGGUCUUCAAUUAUGGCAUGGACGUUACUGCCUUCAGCACCACACAGGCUACGGAGCCCUUCAUUCGACGGUUCGGAGCCUUCAACGGGACAAAAUACGUUAUUUCACCUGCAAGCCUGUCGAUCCUGAACUCUGUACCUCGCAUCACCUUUGCUCUAGGUAUCAUACUUGGAGGCCUUAUUGGCGAGCGCUUUGGCCGAAGAAGUGUUAUGGCUCUGAUGCUGGUUAUCUGUCUAGUUGGUGUCAUCAUAAGCUAUACAGCCACCAACUUUGCUCAGGUCCUUGCCGGGCGUAUGAUAGUGAAUAUGUACAUUGGCAUGGAGGGCUGGCUGGUUCCCAUGUUUCAAGCCGAGAUUGUACCUGCCCAGAUUCGUGGCGUCGUUGUCAAUUCAUACGUCUUCAAUCAUAUCUUUGGGGGCUUCAUCAUGUCAUGCGUCACAUACAGGACAAGCAAAAUCACUACGGAUAUGUGUUGGAAAAUCCCUGUGGCUGUAAUGUUCAUCAUCCCCAGUAUCGUCCUACUGCUGGUCUGGAUGGUCCCAGAAAGCCCUAGAUGGCUUGUCCGCAAGGGCCGCGAUGAAGAAGCCUUGAAAUGGUUGAAAUACAUCUAUGGCGAAACCCCUGAGUAUGCAAGGCUGGCAUAUCACCGGUACUGGGUGCACCGCGAUAUCAUACACGAGGCCUACGGUCACUACGGCGGGCGCGAUCAACGCUACAAACUGAUCUACUGGUACAAUGAGGACUUCAAGCUGGAGGGUACCAGGCCCGGCGGACAGCCGAAAGAGUGGGAGCUUUUCGACUGCGACGAAGAUCCGCUCGAACUCUUCAACUGCUAUCACGAUACCAAGUAUGCGGAUGUCGUCAGGAGGAUGACCAAAUUGCUUGAGGACAAGAUGGCAGAAAUCGGUGAUGAGCCUUUGCAUCGGCCCUUGAUCGCUUCCAACCCCAGCAAAUCGAUAUCAUGA